AUCAAUGAAAACCAAAGUAAUUUGGACUUAAAUGUCAAAUAAUUCUGUAGAUAUUCUGUAUAAAUGCUUUUUACAUAAAAUUUAUAUUUCUCUUUCCCUUGCAAAAUUCAUAAUGGUGAAAAAUAAUAACAUUCCAUCGCAUCCUGUAAUUUUCGGAUUUAUAAAUUUUGGAAUUAUUAUCUACAGAACCGAUUGAGAUGUGCUGCAAUGCCAACCGCCAGCUAUUAUGUAUCUUUACCGGAGCAUUGGCGAUACUGAUAUCAACUUUAUGUUUAGGAUUCAUGCUUUACCGGCUAGGCACGACUGGUAUAAACCAUUGGGAGGAGGCGUACCUGGUAGCCUGGGCUGUCAUUAUUUUAGCAGCGGUACCUCUAAUUGUAGGAGCAAUAAAAGAAAUUCGCUAUCUUUUGGUGAUUUGGAUAGUAGUCGCUUUAAUAAGCGGCAUUUCUCUGAUAGUUAUUCAAAUAGAAAUGUUUCAUAGCUUUUUUCAUAAGGAUCCUGAUACAGCCUUUCAUAUUCUCGGUGGUAUAGUCAUUAUAGUUUUCGUAUUAUUGCUCUGCUGUUUUCUAUACUUCCCAUAUACGUAUGCGCGUGAGCUGGAAGGAGAUUAAUACGGAUAAAACGGAUAAAAAAUAUCCAGUGUCUUGGACUUAAAUUUCAAACAAAAUUAUCAGUUUGAAACCAUUUUUUUUUUUUUGUAUAUUUUUAGUUGCUUAAAUCAAAUGUUGUUUCCUGUGGAUAUAUGGGAAAUACUUUAAAAUUGGAAAAAUAAAACUACAAUGUGCUUGAAUGCGAACCAAAAGCCUUGUUGCGUGAUAAUUGCCUUGGUUGCGAUUUUUGUCGGAACUAUAGAGACAUCUUACGAGUGCUUUCAUUUAGCCUUGCAUGGUAUGAACAAUUGGUUAGUGGCAGCAUUGAUCGCAUGGAUUCCCAUUUUUAUUGCUGCAAUUUUUCUGAUUAUUGGUGCACUUAGGGAAAUACCUAUUCUUCUGCUUAUCUGGGUAAUAGUGUCACUGAUUUGCGGAGGUGCUUUGAUAAUUAUAAAGAUCGGAUUGAUGAUAUACCUGAAUAGGCUUCGUAUAUAUCUAGAUAUUGUGGUCGCCAUUUUGAAUGUAAUAUUUUUAAUGCUGGUCUUCGUUUGGGCGGCCUAUCCUUAUGCAUACAUGCGUGAACUGAAGGAGCAGCAAAUGAUUUGAAAUUAUCACUUGGGCGUAGAUGAUGGAAAUAUCAUAAAUAAUGGCAGUGCUGAAAUUAUUAAGAAAUAUUACUGAGCCCAUUUAU